AUGGGAUGUGUAUGUGGAUCUAAAGAACAAACUAAUGACCCUUAUUAGUAGAAAUCUAAAAAAACACAAGCUAAAAUGAAAGGAAAAGGGAUUUAGAUUGGGGGAGGCGAAUAGCAAACUUAAAAUGCAAAUUAAAACGAAUUAAUUGCAUAAGCUGCAGAAAAAAGAUUACAAAAUCAAGAAAGAAGAGGAAUGAAUCAUACAGCCUAGAUUGAAUACGAAUUUAAAAAGAAAAAGUUGGAAGAGGCAGAACAAUACGAAAAAGAAAGAAGAGGAGAAAAUUAUAAUCUCAGAUGGAAUUGA